GAUAUAUUUUUUCUUCAUUCGGUCAGCGACCGUUCGUGUAGUAACAUAGUAGGUCGGGUGUUCGUGCUAGUUCGAUCAUUCUUUCUCUUGCUAGAAGGACAGUGGAUAAACGUUCGAAACCAUCCGUGUGUACCUUACGGGGAAGAGUUUCUCUCUCAUGCGGUCGUCCGGUGCAUUGUCAGUUGCAUCUAGACGGAAAAUUCGUGCAACUUCGUUCGCUUUUUCCGUGUACCUAUACCCGGUUGUGCUUGCGCAAGGUGUGAUGCUUCGGGAAGCCUAGUGGCAGCAACAGAAUAGGCUCAAUGCAACAUGUUGAACAAGUGUCAAAUUUGGUGAUGUAGCGCAAUUGUACUUCGAGCAUACUUGGAUUCCACUUGAAUUGUUCGGUAUACAGUGACAGUGAGACGGACAAAGUGACAUAACAUUAUACACGGCUGGUGCAACAGUGUUACACUGUAAAGCAGGAGUACUGAAACCAUCGAUGAAAGUUUUACUAACAUCCAAACACAUCCUGGAUUAAGAUUUUACUAAUGUAGGUAGAUAGAUAUACGUACGUAUUUGUAUGUAGAUAUGAAUUGAAAACGGUGGUGCAAUCAAAUAUAAACCGUUGAAUAACAAAUGAGGAAGAAAAUGUAGUGAUUGAUGGAAUGAGAUUAAAGUGAAUCACUUGUGUAACAGUGCAUUGCAACAGUAUUAGAUGCUACAUAGAGAUAACAAUAGGCACGAAUUCUGCUGACCCAUGAAAUACUAGUAACAGAAAACGUUUGUGGUUAUCAAAGUAUAAAAAUAAUAAACUGCGGACUCACGGUACAGCAAUCGAAGAAAGAGACUGAAAAAGUGUCAGUGCAUAAUCUUUUUUUUUUGCGCUCCGGAAAAAACUGGUUCACGAAAACAGCUGAUAAUAAAAGAAAUCAAAAUUAACCUAGAAUAAUAAAGUGACGUGCCGAACACGCGGGCAGCAAAGCAAGUGAGAGAACGAGUAGCAAGGUGAAAAAAGUUUUCGGAUUAAAAGGAAGAAAAAUCGCCUCUUCCUGGUUUGUGCAACCAAAAGUAACACGUAAGUGGCAACAGCAGCAAGAGUGAGACAGGCAGCUCAUCAUCUCGCCUAUUGUGCUCUUGUGUGGUGACUUCAACGCCGGUGUUGAAAGUUAAUCGUGCAUAAAAAGAAAAUAAGUAAUUAUCCUUUUAAAUAAGAAAAUUGAAGCAAAAAAAAGGAGAGGCGUGCAGCGUGGAGGAAAAAAAAGAUGUUCAACCAAGUCGAAAAUUGGGAAAAGGAAAAGAAGAAAAUAAUCGAUGUGCUACAAUUAUAAGUGAGAUAAUUCCGUUGUUUUUCUUUCCUCUCUCUUCUUCCUCUGCUUACGUUUGGACCCACCCCCGCAUGGUCGGUCGUUUGCUGAUUCUAUAACAAACUCUGUGAAUACUGGUUUACACUGUUCACCGUCAACGAAAUAUCGAACGGUGUUUUUACUGUGUACCGUUAUCAUGGAAACUAGUUACAACAGUGGAAACGGAGAAUUCGACGUGAAUAUGUUCGAUCAGUACAUUUACAAGCGCAACGAGUCGAACCUCGACGUCUCCCUAUCAGUGCCACAUUACAACGGUCAACACGGGCACCAUUACAACAACAUGAAUGACCACACAUUCCACACACCUUCGUUUGGCGACGAGGAAUUUGACAUUCCCACAAUGAACGCCCAUCUUCAGCAACAACAGCAGCAGCAGCAACAGCAGCACCAGCAUCAGCAGCAGCAACAGCAGCAUUCUCAUCAAACGCAUCAAAUGGAACAGCAUCAGUAUCAAAUGCACAAUAAUGGUCAACCACCGCCCCAUCUGGGAAUGUUAAAUGAGCAGCAACAACCACAACAACAACAACAACAGCAACAAUACAAUCAAUGGCAUCAGGAAUCACAUAUAAAUCACCACAGUCCGUACCCGAUGCAGUCGCCGAAUCAACCCACAUAUCAUCAGCUGAACAGCCCUAGUCCUAACAAUCCGAACGCGACACUACACGUGCUACAGCCACCGCAACAGUCGCCUCAGAUGCCAACGCAGAUGUCACCACCGGUAAGCUCCGGUGCGCCCGUCGGCGGUCCUGGGGGAUUUGUGGGCCGGUCCCCACCCCAGGCAGGUGGACAUCACAUAGGCGGUAACGAGCUUGGAACAACCAGCGAGGACAGCGAUGAUGCCAUUCCGGCCAACACGUUGAAGCGGCCGUCGCCGGAACCGGUGUUCGAUGGCGACUCUAGCAGUACUAAGUCCUGUUCUGCGUCGUUAGCGAAAAAACCAAAGGUAGCCAAGAAGAAAAAGAAACGGGACCCCAAUGAGCCUCAAAAGCCCGUUUCCGCAUACGCAUUGUUCUUCCGUGACACCCAAGCUGCCAUUAAGGGUCGAACUCCAAACGCGUCCUUCGGUGAAGUGUCAAAAAUUGUCGCUUCGAUGUGGGACGUGUUACCGACGGAGAGCAAAAACGUGUACAAGAAGAAAACCGAGGCUGCCAAAAAGGAAUAUCUUAAAGCUCUGGCGGCGUAUCGAGCGAGCUUAGUUUCGAAGGGCACGGAAGGUGAUCAACAGCAGUCCGCCCAGCAGCAGCAGCAGCAACAACAGCCGAUGUACUCUCCACCCCCACCUUCCCAACAGCAUUCGGGCCAGCAGCUUCCUCCCCCACAGCAGCAGAAUAAUCACAUGGUGAAUCACUCGCAACCGUCACCUCAGCAUGGUCAACCAGUUCCACAAGUGAGUCCCCACAUGCCCGGCCAGGGAGGUCAUAUGCCGUCACAGAACAACAGCUACCCGCCGCCAUACGCAUCACCGUACAAGUCGCCACAGCAGACCAUGAUGCAAAUGCAACCGCAUCUUCAACAUCAUAGCCAAGCCCAACCACCGCCACACCAUAUGCAAAUUAAUCCGAUGGCCGCUCAGCAGCAACAACAACAGCAGCAGCAGCAAAUGAUGGGUCAACAACCACAGAUGGGAAUGUCACCGCAGCAGCAUCAACAGCAAAUGCAGCAGAACCACCUCACCAGUGCAAACAUGAACGGAAUGAUGAACAUGGGCAUGACACCACCGCAGUCACACUACAUGAAUCAACAGUAUUCUCCGCACUUUGCAGAUGCACAGUCAGCAGCAAGGGCAGCAGCAGCACUCUCAGGCACCUGGUCACCCGAUGCAGCAGCAGCAGCAGCAACAACAACAACAGCCGGCGGGGGGUGGUCACAUGAGCCCCCAUCAGGUUGCCCCACCAAUCUCCGGCAGUCCACCGCAGCAGAACGCACCGUCCCAGCAGUGUAUCCGACACGGCUGCCAGAACAAAGCGAUCGUCAAUUCGGACUGGGAGGAUGAGUACUGCAGUAACGAAUGUGUCAUAACACACUGCCGUGAUGUAUUCGGUAACUGGGUGCAGACUAACAACUCGCAGCAGCAAACAUACUCAGCUGUUAAGUAAGCUGCUGGUCUUCGGCACUGCCGGAAUUGAGAGGGUGCAAUCCAUGAGAGGCUCCCAUUCAAAGCGUAACUAUUAAAACAAGCAAAUAUAAUCGAUUCGUAAUUUACUGUUAUUACUGGAAAAAUUACACACUUUUUACAAUGAUACAACUUUUAAACUAAGUGAUAACACACUGUAGCUAAUAAGACGUACACAAUAAAAAAUAAAACAUGUUUGAAUUGAAUUCAGCAAUCAAAUACAAUGUAAUCGUGGAAAACUAUUUCAACCUACAAAAAGACAGCCAAAAGUUGCAAUUAUUUUUAGUGAACAAGUUGAGACAACAGUCACAAGAACAAAACUUGUUAAGUGAAGCAAUUUCCGACUGUCCUCCUCUUCCUUCGUUAUAUUUCAUAUUGUAAAUAGUUUUCGUACUGAUUCCUCCUCGUACAAGAGGAAUUCAAGGAAAACGCUCGAACGGAAAAUAUGAAUAACAUACGUGUGUCGUGUAUACAUCUGUCACAUAAACCGCGAGGCUGUAUAUUGUUAUAUCUUCUUCUAAUUUAUCUCGAUGAUGUUGUUUUCUUUUAGUUUGUACAAUAAAAAUCACGAUAGGCAAAUAACUAUAGAAAUAAGUAGUUGUCGUUACUAAAACCAAGAAAUAAACUACACUGUAGCAUAGAGACACACAAAAUCAUACAAGCAAACAAAAAAUUAACUAAUGAAAAUAUUAGAACUGCAAAUCAUUUAGGUAAAUUACGUGUAAAAACAAACUAAGCAAAAGAAAAUUCUUAUCGUACGCUCCAUAGCAAAGGAAUUUCAAACCAAUUGUCAGCGGAAACGGAUGACGCAUUGAAGGAUAGAAAUUUGCAUAAUUUCAGAAGCUCAGUGAAAGCUACCACGCUAUCAUUCAUUAUCGUUACAUUCAUCAUCAUUAUCAUCACCAUCAGUACUGCAGUUACACGCUUUCGCACCACCUUCAUCAAUCAAAAUAUCUAAACCUCGUCGUGUCGAGCACCAGAGUUUGAAAGGGCGAAAGAAACGUCCACGAAACAUCUUUUGUGCUGUUGCAAUGGUGCCAAUCAAUGCUCAAUUGAUUGAAAAAGAAAGAAUAAUAAAAUAUGUUCAAACGGUACUUGCAAGCCGAUAAGGCAAACAUACAUACUAAUAAAAUUACUAUUUUGUAGAAAGUUA